UACAUAGCAGCCAAUCAGAGGAGCCAGAGGGGGGAGAGGGAGGAGAGGGCAGACUGCUGGUGAGAGAGGCAGAAAGGGUGUGUUCUUCCUACACUGCAGCAUCCAUGAGGGGUUCAUCCAUUGGGUGGCAUGAACAGAGAGAAAGGCAGAGAAGAAACACAAAAUAAGGCGUGUCACUAUACUGAACGAAGGAGAGGAACUGGAUUCUGCCCAAGACCUUCACAAGAUCCUCAAAGCGUUCCAGUGGUGUGUGUGUGUGUGUUAAUGUACGAGAGAGCGGCGGCGUCUGGAUUCAUACAGAAUGUCUCCGGUAAACCGUCAGCCGUUUCUUCAUCUCCUGCUCCUCUUUCUCUUUGUCGGACGGAUAGUCGCUUACAUCCAAAUUCCUCCUGACUACAAAUAUAAUGACCUCAAACAACUUCCAAAGAUCACAAGCCAGCCAGUGUCCCAAACAGCUUUCUCUCUGGAUGAUGUCAAUCUGAUCUGUGAAGCCAGCGGAAACCCCAAACCCACAUUCCGAUGGGUUAAAGAUGGAAGACCGUUCGGCGAGGUUCUGCACGACUCUGGAAACCUGACAGUAAAAAGGACUGAGGAGCUCAGCGUCUAUCAGGGAACAUAUCGCUGCCACGCCACAAAUGAUCUGGGAACGGCCGUCUCUGACCUGGUGCACCUGAUGACAGAGUCGGUCCCAACCUUGGCCAAAGAGAAGGGUCAGAAAAAGCUGCAGUUUGAGGAGGGAGCGAGCACGAUGCUUGCCUGCAAUCCCCCAAAGAGCUCCAUCACUCCGAAAAUACACUGGAUGGACAAAGACUUUCAUCACAUUCUCCUGAGCGAGCGUGUAACUACAGCUCUGGAUGGAAAUCUUUACUUUGCCAAUUUACUGCUCACUGACAGCAGAGACGACUACACCUGCAACGCUCACUACCUGAACGCCAGCAUCAUCCUGCCUAAAGAACCCAUAGCCUUCACUGUCACUCCCUCAAACUCAGUGGUGAAAAAUCGUGCGCCGCAGAUGAAGCAGCCAGCGGGAGAUCACAGUUCAUACCUGAUCCUCAAAGGUCAAACUCUGACACUGGAGUGCAUCCCUGACGGACUCCCGACACCAUCUGUGGAGUGGGACCGAAAGGAUAGCCCUCUCUCUCUCCCACCAGCCAAGAAACUGAACUUCAACCGUCGGUUUCAGAUUGAGAGCGUGUCCGAGGCGGAUGACGGCGAGUACGCCUGCACUGCCAGAAACAGUCACGGCUCCAUCACGCAUUACUACACUGUAGCAGUAGAGGCUGCUCCCUACUGGACCAAGAAACCAGAAGAUCACCUGUACACCCGUGGAGAGACCAUAAAACUGGACUGUCAGGCGGAGGGCAUUCCCACACCAAACAUCACAUGGAGGAUCAACGGUGACCCUUACACAGGGACAGAUUUGGAUCAAAGGGUGCGUGUGAUUUCUGGUACUCUGAUUGUGGAUAACGCUCAGUACAAUCAUACAGGCGUGUAUCAGUGUGAAGCCACCAACAAACACGGCCACAUCCUCAUCAACACACACGUUCAUGUCGUCGUGCUUCCUCCUCAGAUCCUGACUGAGGAUGUUAAACUGUACACUGUCAUGGUGGGAUCCACAGCUGAACUUGAGUGCAGAACGUUUGGUUCCCCGAGGCCCAAUGUGGACUGGAUGAUUCCAGACUCUAGUCCUGCUCAGUCUCAUCCUAAAAUGUCCGAGAUGACCAAUGGAAAUCUGAAGAUCAGUGAUGUGAGUGAAGAAGAGUCUGGUCUUUACAAGUGCUCAGUGAGAGACAGUAAACUGACCAUCAGUGCUGAGCUGCGAGUAUUUAACAGGACAAUAAUUGUGGCUCCUACCCAGGACCUGCAGGUUAUUCGUGGAAAGGACGCUCUUAUACAGUGCAAAUACAGAUGGGACACGCGGUUAAAACCUCCUACAAUUCAGUGGAAGAAGGACGGACAAAAGAUCUCGGCAUCCAGGUACAGUCAAGAUGAUGUAGAGGGCUCUCUGAAGGUGAUUGGGGUUCAGAUGAAGGAUUCAGGUGUCUACAGCUGUGAGAUCAUCACUGAAUGGGAUUCUGUCGAAGCCAUCGGCUUCAUCACAGUGCAGGAUAAACCAGACGCUCCUGCCUCAGUGGUGAUGUCGGAGAAGAAGCAGCGGAGCGUCACUCUCUCUUGGACGGCAGGAAAUGAAAACAACAGUCCUGUUUCAGAGUUUGUCAUAGAGAUGAUGGAGGACGAGAAUGCAGCCGAAGGCACGUGGAAGGAGUACGAGAGAGUUUCUCAAGACAUCAGACAACUGGAGAUUCAUCUGCAGCCGUACUGCAAGUAUAGCUUCCGGGUGCGAGCUGUUAAUGCCAUAGGAACCAGCAACGCCAGUCAACCCUCAGAACCCUACAGCACUCCCUCUGCCAAGCCCGACGUGAAUCCCGAGAACGUGACGAGUGUCUCCACAGAUCCAAACAGCAUGAUUAUCACGUGGAAGGAACUGGAGCGGCGGCAGUUCAAUGGGCCCGGAUUCAAAUACAAGGUUUCUUGGCGAAAAGCUUCGGGAAUGGGUCCCCAAUGGAAGGAGAGCAUGGUCUCCGGCCCUCCCUUCAUAGUGAAGGACACAGGCACCUUCGUUCCCUUUGAGAUCAAAGUUGAGGCAGUCAACAACAUCGGUGAAGGACCCGAACCGGUGGCAAAGCUCGGCCAUUCUGGAGAAGACACACCUCUGGAAGCUCCGUCUGAGGUGAUGGUAGAACUGGUAUCAAACAAAAGUGGCGACAUCAUAGUGAGAUGGAGGCCGGUCAGCAGGGAAUCAGUGCGGGGACACUUGCUGGGCUACAAGAUCCAUCUGAGAAGAAAACAUCCCAGAAGUCACGUCCACAGAUGGCUUGAAAAGCGUUCGCUUGUGUCAAAGAGCAGAGAGCAUGACAGAGACGACAACAGGAGAGUGGUGAAGGUUUAUGGAAAUAAAGAGGAGGAGGUUGUAAGCGGUCUGCACUUCUACACUGACUAUAUUCUGACAGUGGCGGCGUUCAACAGCAAAGGCGAGGGGCCGCACUCAGAGCCGCAUCACUUCAGGACGCCAGAGGGAGCUCCGGGACCACCUUCCCAUCUGACCUUUGACAGUCCAUCUGAGACAGAGAUCACCCUACACUGGGAAGCUCCUCACAAACCCAAUGGAGUGCUGACAGGUUACCUGCUCCAGUACUGUGAGAUUGAGGAUAAAAAUUCACAGACGGUGGAGUCCAUCAAUCUGCCUAUAUCUUCUCAAUAUAGAGUAGGCCGUCUCAAUCCACAGAGUCGCUAUCAGUUUAACCUGAGUGCUCAGAACAGUGCUGGUUAUGGAGAACCCAUAAAGAAAGAGGGUGAAACCAUGCUGGAUGGAGAACCCCCAUCUAAUCUCUACAUAUUGACCGAUGUGAAGUCUGUCAACCUCAGCUGGGUGCCCGGAGACAGACAACGAAACAUCCCCUUUAGCUUCCGUUACCAGAGAAACGUGAGCGGCAGUGAGUGGGAGGAGUCAGAGCAGGUGAACUCCAGCACAGGGUUUUUUCAGCUCCAGGGUCUUCAGCCGGAAACUUCAUAUCACCUUCAGAUCCAAUCUGGAAACACUACACAUGAAUGGACAUUUCAGACUAUCAAACCAGUGAUGGGGGAAAUAGCCAGUGGUUUUGCGACUCAAGCCUGGUUUAUCGGACUCAUCUCAGCCGUGGUUCUCCUUCUGCUGGUUCUCCUUAUUCUGUGUUUCAUCAAGAGGAGCAAAGGAGGAAAGUAUUCAGUGAAAGAGAAAGAAGAAUGUCAGGCAGACCCCGGAGCUCGCUCAACGAAGGACGAUGCAUUUGGAGAGUACAGGUCUCUGGAGAGUGAUAAUGAGGACAAGCGCUCCAUCAUUCAGCCGUCCGUCUCUGAGAGCAAGCGCAGCAGUAAUGACAGUCUAGCUGACUAUGGAGACAGCGUUGACAUCCAGUUCAAUGAGGACGGCUCGUUUAUCGGCCAGUACAGCGGACGGAGAGAUCCACAGAGCCGUGGGGGGCACGAAAGCUCAGGCGCUACUUCUCCGAUGAAUCCCAACAUGCCAGCGCCCAGCAUCAGUUUCCCCAACUCUGUUACAGGCAUCCUGGGGCCGAAUUGAGACCAACAGACCGAUACGAGGACCAUCCCACGCUACACGACACUGCCCCGAUGGUAUUAGACGUGAUAUUGAUGAUUCCAGAACUAACAGCCACUAUUACAUGUCCGCAGACACGCUACACAGCUCACACACACAGGGAUAGCAUCUGCCAAACAUUCCACACCCACGUCCAUCCCGUUCCCCGAAAAACUGUUUACGCUUUCUCUGAGUUUACAACGGGUCGCUUAUUUGACAGAAUUCUGUCGCUCAGCUUGUGUAGAACAAGGUUAGAAAGCCACAGAUGGCAGAAAACAUCUUGGCUCUGUUCAUGCGACACACAAAUCUUUGUAGCGGGUAAUGAAAUGGGUUCUGCUUUUCUCAACUCCAGUUCUCUGGAUAUUUUAGAUGUCUCUCUCAACGAAACACUUCCUUCCAGAAUGUUAGUUAGGCUCCCUAUUUAACUCACUAACAAGCUUUCAUACAGACAGACAUCUAGAGGCUUCUGGGGGGGCUGGAGUUGAGAAACGCAGGUAAAACUGGCGUCAUUAGUUGCUUUAGCAAUGGAGGCCAUACGGGCCACUGCUGUUCAUUGUCAUUUCCUCAUAUCAGAUAAGACAAACCACUCGCGCCUUCGCUAUUUAUCGCCACGUCGCAUUUAUUAUGUAGAGAGUAAGCGAGUCGAUGGAAUCCUUGCACUACUUUGUAUGGCUACUUUAUGUAAAGGUCAAGUGACAAAUGAGAAAAAACUACAUAAAGAACUCAAGCAGACAAUUCAGGCUAGCAUCCCAAAAUCCCAUUUCAAAUGCAAAUUGCAACUAGACUUGAGUACACCAAACAUGCAAUUCUCCUGCCUGUCUGAACAAUGCCUUUCUAUGGAUGAAAUCAGGUCAUAUCGCUGUACACUGAAACUAUAAACCUUUGUCUUAAUGGCUGAAAAUAGCAAGUCCUUUCAUUAUGAUUUGAUCCCAUUGUCCUCUGUACCAUUGUUUUAUCUGAUUUGUAUUUUUUUAUAUAUUUUGCUGUCGAAUUGAGUUUUUAUCUUGAUGUCUCAUUGUUUUGUUUUGUUUUUUGAUGCAGUAUAUGUGUAAGCCGUUAUGAUUCUUCUAGUUAUGUCAGAGUAAUCAAAGAUCAGGAUGAACCACACAUCAUUUGUAUUGUUGUUUUUUGAUAAAUAAGGUGUUUUUUGGCGAUAUGUCAAAGCCUGUGAAACUGCACGGUCACACUGAAGUCAAAGGUCGUGGUGAUUUGACAGAAGGCCAUAAGGUGCAGUAACUAACAGCAUGAGAUAUGCCUCUUGUGUAAGCUCGCUGGUUGUGGCUUAAAGCCUGUCGUUUUGCCUUACAGAAGUCCUGUGCUUGCAAAUAAUAAUAAUGAUAUCAUUCAUUCAGUGCGAUUAUGCAAAUUUACUACUAACAACCUGUAAUAUUUGAAAUAUAUUCAAUGUCCUCUCUGUCUUAUAUCAUAUCACUUGUUCUUUCUUGUGUCUGUAUGUAAUGAAUGAAGAUCUGAGUUUAAUAUAACGUUAAAAAGUCCAAAUGAACAAAUUGAAAGCGUCUCAUAUUCUGAAUGUAAGUUAUCAUUAGCUAUUAUCUUUUUGUAUUUGCUUAGUUUUCACAUGACUAUAAUAUUUAUAUCAUAUCCAUGCUCAUAGAGAAUAGACUUAGUGCUUUAGAGCAUUUUUGUUUCCUAUUAUCUUGCUUGGUCUGACCGUUAGAUUAGAAAUCAUUAGAAAACCGGUCAGGACGACAAUGCUUUUCAAGUUUUUCUUGAUUGGGAAGCGCAGUGGUGAUGUCAUCAGUAGCAGAAUGACAGUUGUGUGAGAAGAUGAUCCACUGGUCCUCUCUUACGUACGCCAGGUUCAACUGUACCGAUGAAGGUCAUACUGAAAAACUGCUGUUGAGAUUAGACCUGUUUAUCUUGAAAUUCUGUGAAUGCAAACACAGCAGAUCUGAUGAUGGCUUUGUUAGUACAAGUGAACCACACAGUGAUGCUCCUGUCAGUCACUGUCCUUCCCCGCCUCCCCCUGAUAUCAAAUGGAACUUUUUCUUACCUCUGCCUGCAUUUUUGUUUUUGAUAAAAACACUGAAAAGACAAUAAAGAGUGAUAUUUUAAAACAAUAACACAGCCUCUAUGAGCAACAGUGUGAUGAGAGAUGAUGGCUUAUGUACAGAAAUAAGGUUUGGAAGACACUAGGCAUUGCCUCUUUACUAUCUGCUUCUUGAAUCAUGUGCUGUAUCUAACACAAUGGAAUAAAAUGACAUGGAUCACGCAGAAGAUAAUGUGUCCUUGUCACUUUAUGAAAUACACUAUAUUUCACCUGACUGAAUAAAACUCACAGCUAGAGAGAAGAAAGAAAGAAUCACUUGACUUGAUUAAAGACACAACACAAACCACUGAAGACUAAAUGAUAGCAAACACACAGACCAGUAAAUCAUUCUAACAGACUGACAACACUUGAACUCAACAUAACAUAUAUCAUAUUAUAUGAGGAUGUACAGUAUAUACACUGUACAGCUCAACACAUCCUCUUCUUUAAAUCCAUUCCCAUGACUAACAUAUGAUGUCAUAUUCCAACUGUCCAGUCAAAUCUCAGUCGCUUUGUUUUUAUUGCUAGAAUUGAAGGGUGCUGCACCGCCAUAUAUUGUCAUACGGCCCAAAUCUAUUCAAUUCUAUUGGCUGACCAGAGGUUUCCUAAACACCCCCAAAAAAAAAAAAAAACAUAAAUGACAUGCAGAGAACAGUGUUUCUGUAGACCAUGGGUAUCUGUAAAACUGCGGUCCGAUUGAACAUAUGCACAGAAACCGUGUAUAAGCCUUUCUUUCAGGUGAGAAAUCUGUACACUGCAAAUGACGUUGAAAUAAAGCAAUAAGCCGUGCGAAGUAUUGGGUUACAGUGCAUUUUAAGGGUGCAUUUUAAACAGUUAAGGGCGUUGUGGCACAGCUGUUAUAUAAUGCACUGUAACACACUGCUUCACGGGGCUUUCAGCUUUUAUAAAACGGUUAUUCCAUAUGUGUAGCAAGGUAUCAUAAAAGAAAGUAAAUAAAGUGAUAUUAAGUCUGUAAUGCGGUCAGCCGAGUAUUUUAUAACGGCUUUGAACUCGGCUCAGCCAAUCAGAAUCAAGGACCAGAACUGAGCGUUUUAUAAUUAAGUAUGAACAUCGGUUCUGUAUGUUUGUUCUCUAUUGAUUAUGAAACAUAUGAAGAGUCUGCUUCCAAAAUGAGAUAACUCUUUAUUCAAAAAUCUUCAAAAAUCAUGUUUUUAUUCUGCAUUCCAAUUAUUAUCAGUCAAACUGCAGUUGGUUUCUUUUGAUUAAAGCCAUAAUAACUACAAAAAUACAGGUAACAAACACAAUAAAAACAUGAUUUUUGAACAUGAGUUAUCUCAUUUUGGAUCCAAACUCUUCAUAUUCAGCUGUAGAUGCACAAAUGAAAAGACAUGUUUAUUGCACAGUUCUUUAACAGGGAGUUUUGUUUUAUACCAAUAUUGUGAAAUAAAAAGAAUCUUGAUUUAAUUUA